CUUGGUCUUCUUGGUCUGGCUUGGUCCUCUUGGCCUGGUUGUUUGGCUCCUCGUCCACGCCGACUGCACUCCAUCCCGUUCGCAUGGCCGGCUUCGUCCGCCGCUCCGGCCCGUUCCUCUACUCCGGAUCCGACCCACUGCAUGGCCGGCUGCGCUUCGCCAGCUUCAACAUCCCGAACCUGCAUGUCAUCGAGGACCCCGUCUGGCAUCUGCCCGAUCCCUGGGAGCAGCUCGAUGCAUUAGAGUCCGUCCGGCUGCUCGGAGGACAGGUGGCCCGCAUCUACUGUCUGUCGAUCCAGCCGCUCGGCGCCGAACCCAACAGUACGGCCACCCAGCGGCAUGUCUCGUUCGACCCCGCGACCGGCGCCAUCGUCCUCAACGAAACUCUGUUCAGAUCGCUCGACUCUGCGCUGCAGCUCGCCCAGAGCAAGGGCAUCAAGCUUAUCAUUCCCUUCAUCGACCGUUGGAGCUGGUGGGGCGGGAUCCAGGAGUUUACGGCUUUCUACGCCAAGCCCUUCGACUCGUUCUUUACCGACCCGCAAGUCAUCUCUGGCUUCAAGUCCCUGCUGUCGCUCGUGCUCAACCGGGUGAACACCCUCACUGGCAUUGCAUACAAGGAUGAUCCAACCGUCCUCUGCUGGGAGUCUGGCAACGAGCUUGAGCUCUCCGAUGGUUCACAAACUCCCGCGGACUGGACCAUCCAGAUUGCGCAACACAUCCGGUCGCUUGAUGGCAACCAUCUCAUUUGCGAUGGCAGCUACGUCCGCACUCGCGGUUUUGACCGCAAGAUCCUGAGCUGCGACAGCAUCGACAUCGUCACAAAUCACUACUACGACGAGGGGCCGCCGUCGUCUCCGGUCCUACUCCAAUGCAUCUUGGGAGUGCUGUUUCUGAUUGCGCUCUUGAUCCUAUGCAUGGCAUGGCUCAAGACAGACUCGGUGUCUUGGAUCCAACUCCCUGCCUCUCAGGCCGACCUUGCUCACCCAAGCAUCAGCACCACCGCCCGGAUCACCACGCUGGCUAUCUCCGGCACUGUCGCCGCCGGACUGUUUGCUGGUCUGGUGUAUUUGGCUUUUCUCAGCCAAGCUCCGUCUACAUUUGGCUCUCGCAUUCUUCGCGAUGCGACUGCUGCCUAUGCCGCAAACAAAUCGUUCAUCGUCGGCGAGGUGGGUCUGUCAACACAAGAGGAGUUUCAGUCUGCUCUGGAUGCUCUUUCAUCAGAUACCUAUUGGAUCUCGGGUCUUCUUUUCUGGAGCUUGCGUUUCCACAGCAAGGACGGAGGAUUCUAUACCCAUCACGAACAGGACGUGUAUUGGGCUUACCACUAUCCUGGGCUUCCAGCAAACCCCGAUGCUGGGUUUCCCCUUGAUGAACAAGCCACCAUGAACCUCGUUCGCUCGCACAUUCCCAGGGUGACCCCAGGAUACCAGUUGGCCACGAUGAAUCUGUCUGCGCCCGCGCUUCUCUCGCCACGGAUAAGUCGCAGCGUCAACUUCAACACUCAGGCAAUGCUCUCCGUCGGGCUGAUCUGGAAAGGAACUGCUGGUGCCCAGUUCUACAGACUCGCACGACGCACUAACAAUACCAGCACCCAUGGUGGCAAUAGCACCGCAGACUUUGUGGAGCUGGGCGACAAGAUAUACGACAACCAAGGCUCCGGUUCCGUCUUGUUCUGGGAUAACAUCGAAGCGAGCCAGAAUGUCUCGGCAAUUGAGUACCGGGUGCGUGGUAUCAGCGACAACUCGACAUCGCCGUGGUCAGAGACGCUUGUGGUCACAUUGGCAGCAAUUUCAAGCUAGUGCAAUAAUAUAUGGGACACCCCGGAUUUUGGUCAUUGA